CCAUCCUAAGGAUGGAGAAUCUGGACAAUAUGGGCGAGGAAGGGAUAGAGCUGGAGGGAUCAGCCACCACAGCAGGCGUUAUAAACACCAGCCUAGAUGGUGCAGUAAACGUCACCAACAUUACCUUUUCCCCCUACUAUCAGCACUCUCUGUAUGUGGCUGCCAGCUACAUCCUGGCCUACUUCUUCAUCUUCCUGCUGUGCAUGAUUGGGAACAUCCUGGUGUGUCUGAUCGUACUGGAAAACCGUCGCAUGCGCACAGUCACCAACCUCUUUAUCUUCAACCUGGCAAUCAGCGACCUGUUGGUGGGCAUCUUCUGCAUCCCUACAAUGGUGGACAACCUAAUCACUGGUUGGCCCUUUUCCAACACCGUGUGCAAGAUGAGCGGAUUUGUGCAGGGGGUGUCUGUUUCCGCUUCAGUCUUUACCCUGGUGGCCAUUGCUGUUGAAAGGUUUCGCUGCAUAGUGUACCCUCUACAACCCAAGCCGACUGUACUUGUUGCCAAGGCAGCCAUCCUGUUAAUCUGGGUGCUAGCAGUGGUGAUUAUGUGUCCUGCUGCUAUGGCACUGACUGUGGAGAAAGUACCUUUCCACUACAUGGUGUGCGACGAUGACUUUAACCACACAUUCCCCCUGUACACCUGCUACGAAAACUUUGCCAACCCUCAGAUGAGAAAGGUCUACACUGCGGUUCUGUUUGCUCACAUCUACCUGGUGCCCCUGACCGUCAUCACACUGAUGUAUGGAAGCAUCGGGGUCAAACUGUGUUCCUCUGUGGUUAGAAACAGAGAGCCACAGCUGGCCAACGCAACAGUCCAGGUUGGAGGUAGAAGGGCUGGUCAGCCAAUGAUAUCCCAGAAAAAGAUCAAGGUGAUUAAGAUGCUCAUCUUGGUGGCUUUGCUUUUCAUGCUGUCCUGGUUGCCACUCUGGACCCUCAUGAUGAUGACAGACUAUGCAGGCUUGGACAGGGACCAGCUGGACCUUCUGACUAGCUACAUCUUCCCCUUUGCCCACUGGCUGGCUUUCUCGAACUCCAGCAUCAACCCCAUCAUCUACGGCUACUACAAUGAGAAUUUUAAGAGGGGCUUCCAGGCGGUGUGCAAGUCUAGGCCCUUCUGCUGCCUCAGGCAGUGCCAGCUGUGGAGGAGGUUAGCCAGGUUGGGCAGGAAGGAAAGGUCUAUGGCAGCACCUUGUGGAGGUACUGAGUUCAGAGAUGCCACUGGAAAUCACAACCACCUUCUCUUGGGGCUGAGAAAUCGAGUCCAUAACGACAACAAGUUGACUGUCACAGCAGAGGUGAAUAGGAGUGCGAGGGUGGCGUGUGAGACGGUUCACUCAGAGAGAAGUCUUUCAGAUCGAGGGAUAGAAAUGAGAGCUGUAAAGAAGAAAGGCAGUAAUGGUGAGGUAUCAGAGAGGGUUAGUUCACUGGCAGCAUCAGUAUAUCAGGCGUGGGAUAACUGAGCAUUCACAAUGCUACUCAGAAAUGAACCAGACAAAGUCCCACGGAAGAGACAGUUAUCAAUUAUCUAAUGCUGCAAGUGCGCUGUGGU